GUUUUCAUUAGAUAUAAUCCAGAAAUUUGCACUUUGAGAGGUGAUGAAGCUCUUUCUUUCUGUCUCGUUUGGAAAAAUGAAUGUCAAAACCACACUCCUUGAACCCUAGCUCCCACUUUCUCGAGAAAAUUCCACCUGCACAUUCCCAGGAAAGGCAUAAAAAAUGCCGUCACUAAUCUCCCAGGGCAAAAUCCACCGCUUAGAGCUGGAAAACUUCAAGUCCUACAAGGGAUUCCAGACCAUCGGUCCAUUCUAUGACUUCACGGCGAUUAUUGGUCCAAACGGCGCGGGAAAGUCCAAUCUCAUGGACGCCAUAAGCUUUGUUCUCGGUGUUCGUACGGGCCAGCUUCGCGGAGCACAAUUGAAGGACUUGAUCUACGCCUUUGACGACAAAGAGAAGGAACAAAAGGGUCGAAGGGCUUUUGUGAGGCUUGUGUACCAGCUGGGUAAUGGGUCGGAGCUCCAAUUCACACGGGCCAUCACCAGUUCCGGCGGCAGUGAGUACCGAAUCGAUGGAAAAAUGGUUUCGUGGGAUGAGUAUAAUGGGAAACUGAAGUCGCUGGGGAUUCUCGUCAAAGCGCGGAAUUUUCUUGUUUUUCAGGGUGAUGUGGAGUCAAUUGCAUCUAAAAAUCCCAAAGAACUUACAGGACUUCUUGAGCAGAUCUCUGGGUCUGAGGAUCUCAAGAAAGAUUAUGAGGAUCUUGAAGAGCAAAAGGCCAGGGCUGAAGAAAAGUCAGCACUUGUUUAUCAGAAAAAAAGAACAAUAGUGAUGGAAAGAAAGCAGAAGAAAGAACAGAAAGAAGAGGCUGAAAAACAUCUCCGCUUGCAAGAGCAACUGAAAUCCUUGAAGAAAGAACACUUUCUAUGGAAGUUACUGAACAUAGAAAAGGAUAUUGCCAAGAUAAAUGAGGAUCUUGAAGCUGAGAACAAAAGCCGUGAAGAUGUUAUUCAAGAACAAGAAAGUUGUGAGCGUGAAGCAAGUAAAGCGAAGAAAGAACAAGCCAAAUAUCUGAAAGAGAUUACUCAAUUUGAGAAGAAGAUCUCAGACAAAAAUAAUAAACUUGACAAGAAUCAACCAGAACUUCUGAAAUUAAAGGAGGAAAUGUCACGCAUAAAUUCAAAAAUCAAAAGCAGCCGUAAGGAGCUUGACAAAAAGAGAGAAGAAAGGAGGAAGCAUGCCUAUGAUAUUGAAAAGCUACGGAAUGACUUGCAAGAUGUGGCUAAAAGCCUGGAUGAUGUGAAUGAAAAAGUUCAAGAUGGCGGGGUAAAGCUUCAAUUAGCUGACAGUCAACUAAAGGAAUAUAACCGAAUUAAGGAGGAUGCUGGAAUGAAAACUGCAAAGCUCAGAGAUGAGAAAGAGCUUCUAGAUAGACAACAGCAUGCUGAUACUGAAGCACGAAAGAAUUUGGAAGAAAAUCUUCAAGAGCUGACAAAUAGGAAGGAAGAACUAGAUUCACAGGAGGAACAAAUGCAAACAAGACUGAAAAAUAUUCUUGAUGCAUCUGUCAAACAUAAGAAAGAUCUCACACAAGAGAAAAAGGAUCUACGUGAGAUGCAAGAUAAACUUGGGGCUUCUAGGAAAAAACAUCAAAAAUAUAAGUUGAGAAUUAGUGAAAUAGAAGACCAACUACGGGAAUUGAAGGCUGAUAGACAUGAAAAUGAGAGGGAUGCCCGGUUGUCUCAAGCGGUUGAGACACUUAAGCGCCUCUUUCCAGGAGUCCAUGGUCGAAUGACUGAACUUUGUAGACCAACACAGAAGAAGUAUAACCUUGCUGUUACUGUUGCUAUGGGUAAAUUUAUGGAUGCUGUAGUAGUUGAGGAUGAACACACUGGAAAGGAAUGCAUCAAGUAUUUAAAAGAGCAAAGGCUUCCUCCUCAGACAUUUAUACCUCUUCAGUCAGUCCGGGUAAAGCCAAUUGUGGAGAAAUUGCGCACCUUGGGUGGUACUGCCAAGCUGGUCUUUGAUGUUAUCCAAUUUGAUCCAGCCUUGGAGAAGGCUAUUCUAUUUGCUGUUGCCAAUACUUUAGUAUGCGAUGACCUUGAGGAAGCUAAGGUUCUUAGCUGGAGUGGAGAGAGGUUUAAAGUUGUAACUGUCGAUGGGAUUCUACUCACAAAAUCUGGCACAAUGACUGGUGGUACCAGUGGUGGAAUGGAAGCAAGAUCAAAACAGUGGGAUGAUAAAAAAGUUGAAGGACUUAAAAAACAAAAAGAACAGUAUGAAUCUGAGUUGGAGCAGCUUGGAUCAAUAAGAGAGAUGCAGCUAAAAGUGUCUGAAUUAUCUGGGAAAAUUAGUGGGCUUGAAAAAAAGAUUCAAUAUGCAGAGAUUGAGAAGAAAAGUAUAGAUGACAAACUUGCAAAACUGAGGCAGGAAAAGCGGAAUAUUUCAGAAGAAAUUAGCCGUAUCAAUCCUGAGCUUCGAAAGUUGAAAGAUGUUAUUGAUAAGAGGGCCACAGAAAUCAGAAAGCUGGAGAAGAGGAUCAAUGAGAUCGUUGACCGAAUUUACAAGGAUUUCAGUGAGUCUGUUGGGGUGAAAAACAUUCGUGAGUAUGAAGAAAACCAACUCAUGGCAGCACAACAGGUGGCUGAAGAAAAGCUUAGUUUGAGUAACCAGAUGGCAAAGUUGAAAUACCAGUUGGAGUAUGAGCAAAGGAGGGACAUGGACUCACGAAUUACAAAGCUGGAAUCUUCUAUCAGUUCUUUAGAAAAUGAUCUGAAACAGGUUCAGAAGAAAGAGGCUGAAGCCAAGUUAGCAAUGGAGAAAGCUACUGGUGAUGUUGAUCAAUUGAAAGAUGAAGUACAAGAGUGGAAGUCCAAGUCCGAAGAGUGUGAGAAGGAAAUCCAGAAGUGGAAGAAGCGGGCUUCUACUGCUGCAGGAAGCAUAAGCAAACUUAAUCGUCAGAUAAGUUUGAAGGAAACACAGGGUGAACAACUGAAAUUGCAGAAGCAGGAGAUCUUGGAGAAGUGUGAAGUAGAGCAUAUAAUCCUACCUACUGUCUCAGACGCAAUGGAAAUCGGAUCCUCAAUGCCAAGUCCAGUUUUUGAUUUUAGUCAGCUAAAUAGAUCUCAUCAGGUAGAUAUGAGACCUUCUGAAAGAGAGAAGGUUGAAGUGGAAUUUAAGCAAAAAAUGGAUGCCCUAAUAUCAGAAAUAGAAAGAACAGCUCCAAAUUUGAAGGCCUUGGACCAGUAUGAGGCUUUGCAAGAGAAGGAAAGACAUGUAACUGAAGAGUUUGAAGUAGCCAGAAAGGAAGAGAAGGAAAUAACUGAUAAGUACAAUUCCGUUAAGCAGAGAAGGUAUGAACUCUUUAUGGAAGCAUUUAGUCAUAUUUCUGGUAAUAUUGAUAAGAUCUACAAACAGCUAACAAAAAGCAACACACACCCAUUGGGCGGAACGGCAUAUUUGAACUUAGAAAAUGAGGAUGAUCCUUUCUUACAUGGCAUCAAGUACACUGCUAUGCCCCCAACAAAGCGCUUCCGUGAUAUGGAACAGCUGUCUGGUGGUGAGAAAACUGUUGCAGCACUUGCAUUGCUCUUCUCUAUCCAUAGUUAUAGGCCUUCUCCUUUUUUUAUAUUGGAUGAAGUCGAUGCUGCAUUGGACAAUCUGAAUGUUGCUAAGGUUGCUGGAUUCAUCCGAUCAAAAUCAUGUGAAGGAGCAAGGGGUAAUCAGGAUGGUGAGGGAGGCAGUGGUUUUCAGAGUAUCGUGAUAUCACUGAAGGAUAGCUUUUAUGACAAGGCUGAAGCUCUGGUUGGGGUUUACAGGGACUCUGAUAGGGGCUGCUCGAGAACUCUGACAUUUGACCUGACCAAUUAUAGAGAAGCAUGAACGCCUCCUCGCUGGAGGCUGGGCUUCAGGUUAAAACUAUUUGUCAUGUUAAUAGGUAGGAUGCUUGUACCCUUAACAUUGCUUUACUGUAAAUAUGAGUAGAUAAUCCUUAUAGCAGUAGGGCAGUGGAUACUGUUUCUCUUGCAAUACAAGUUAGAUUUAUUUGUAUUGAACUGAUUCUACCUCUACGAACUAAUUCUACCUCACCAUCCUCUCAAUAUGCAAUACAAUAGUGCAAUAAUCAAACUUGCAUUUUAUGCC